AUGGAUCUGGACGGCGAGGUGAUGGACUCGGCGGUGGUGGUGGUCGACUCGGCGGUGGUGGUGGUCGACUCGGCGGCGGUGCCAUCGCUGGAAAAGGAGUACAUCUACAAUCUCCAGCAGCAGGUGUACUUUAUGGAGAUGGAGCUCAAGCUGUUGCGGGAGUCUGGUGCUGUGCCUGGGAGCGGUGGUGGUGGCGGCGGCGGUGGCGGUGGUCGCUCCAUGCUUCCACCCGACAUCGAGGCUGCUUCCCGCCCGCUGGAUGAUACCAUCAACUCGCUCAAGGUCAAGUACAAGGCACUGCAGGACGAGCACAAGGAGGAGAUGGCGGUUGCCAAGGAGACGCAGGAGGAGCUCGAGGCAGCAGCGACCAAGCAGCACUUUAACAUCCUGCAUCUGCGGGCCGAGAUCGCCGGCCGCGACGCGGAGAUUCUGACGGCCAAGGAAAAGUCGACGGCUGCGCUGUCCGAGGCGACGCAGAGGCACAUGGACGACGUGAAGACGAUCGAGGGUCUCGGGCGCGAGAUUGAGGUGCUGGAGGGAAAGCUAGCGAGCAAGGCCGAGGAGGCGGCCGAGCGGACGUCCGAGGCGUCGGCGGCCAAGCUGGCCGAGGCGCAGGCGUUGGCUCGGGCCGAGGAGACGGCCAAGCGUGCGGAGAAGGCCGAGCGGCGGUACAACGACCUGCUGGUGACGACCGAGUCGAUCCGGGCGCGGGUGGUGGAGCUUGAGGAGGAGCGCGGGACGUUUGAGGAGCGGAUCGAGGCCGAGCACGCAGCGAACAAGGUUGUCUCCGACGCCAAGUGGGAGGUGGAGCUUGAGCUGAAGAAGGUCAACAUUGCGCUCGAUCAAGCGCAGCGUGCCAAGGAAAAGGUGGACGCGGAUCUGGCGACGGCUGUGGAGGAGACGAUUGCGGCGCAGAGUGUGAUCUCGGACUUGCGGCGCGACAAAGCAGCGCUCGAGCUUGUUGUCCAGCAGGAGCGGGCGACGCGCGACGAGAACAAGAUCAAGCGGAUCGAGUUCCAGAACGAGGCCCAAGAGCUGCGGCAACGGAUGGCCGACGUCAAGGCUGUGCUUGAGGGCAAGGACGAGGCUAUUUCCGGGCUUGAGAAACAGCUGGAGCGGUCGCAGCUGGCGCACGCCGAGGCACUGGCGGCGAUCGAGGAGCUCCAGGCCGAUCUCUCGCGGGCACACUCGCACUCUGCCGAGCUUGCGGACCGCAACGCGGUGCUCAAGCACGACAAGGCCAUGCUGCAAAACGAGCUUGCCGAGACCGAGGCGACGCUUGCAGGCGCGUCGUCGGACCUUGCGGACACCAAGACGUCCAACAUCGAGCUCCUUGCCGAGAUCGAGCGGCUCAAGUCGGUGGUGGCUGUCUCGGAGGACAUCCAAAACCUUAAGAUUGAGGAGUUCCAGAACAUGCUCACCUCCAACUCGCGUGUUGCCGACGGCCUUCGCGACCUCAUUGGCGACCUGCAGAUGAUGAAGGAUCUCGGGUCGCAGCUCGAGGCUGCGCGGGCGACGGCGACGUCGCUCUCGUCGGCGUCGCCAUCGCGCCCGGCCUCAUCGCUUUCGCAGCGCUCCGAUGGGUGA